GUUCCACUGCUACCGUCUCCGGUUCCUGGCACAAGCACUGCAAAAAAGCAGGGCAACACGGAAUCGUUUUUUGAUCGGCCGUUAGCGAAAAGUGAGAUGGCGGAAUUCGAGCGUCUUCUGGCCGAUAUGUUUGUCUCUGGUAAUUUCUCCUUUCGCGCCGUCGAAGAUCCUCGUUUCAUUCGAUUUUGGAAAUUUAUGCGACCAGCGGUGAAGCCACCAAGUCGAUUUGUGUUAUCGACUCGCAUCAUCCCGCAGCGCAUUAAAUCCGUCGAAAGCGAUACUGUCAAAGCAUUGUCAUUGCAGCGGUCUGUCACUGUGACGCUGGACGGUUACAAGAAAGCAAAGCACGAUAAAGUUCUUGGAAUUAUGGCUACUUUUUACGAUGUUGGAAGAAAAUACAAGGCCUGUGCUCGCACAGUUACGUGCGACUCGGAUGCCGCCCACGUGAAGGCAAGGCGGUUAAUGAAGGAAAAGUAUCCCAGCAAGAUAUUUUUGCCGUGCAGUGCCCACCAAAUCAACUUGAUCGUGAAGGACGUUUUGACAUCAGUCCCAAAAUUUUCAGCCGUUUGCAAGAAAGCUGUCGACAUUGUUUCGCUACUUGCGGCGCGCACGAAAGCGCUAUCCGUUCUUCGCGAGGAGCAGAUGAAGUACAAUGGCAGCACGACAGCCAUAAGCAAACCAUGCGACACACGGUGGUACAGUUACAAUAAUAUGUUCCGAGCGAUUGUCAAGUCGCGGCUUCCUCUUCAGGGCAUGGUCGCGCGGCUAGCAGACGACCGAUCGAAGACCGAAGGGCUUACAAAGCUUAAAGCUAUCAUUGAAGAUGCAGCAUUUUGGAGUGCUCUAAAGUAUGUUGUGGAAAUUCUGGAUCCGAUCACUGUAGCUCAAGGAAUCACAGAGACAGAUGGGUGCACCUUAGGGGAUGUUAUCAGUCAGUUUGCGAAAAUUUACCACGUGUUUAUCGCACUGGAAAACGACGAUUUAGCGAACGUGUUAGGGUCGACCCUAGAAAAACGCUGGCAAAAAUUUUACGAUCCGUCGCUUUUUGUGCUGGCUUUGAUACUGGACCCGAAGUCCAAAAUGAAAGCGUUUAAUACUUCUGGACGUUUCAAUUUUGGGGUUGUUUUGCGCUGGGCAAAAGGCUGGUACGUCCGUUUAUUCGACUGUGAUGGGAUGAGUGUGGUUAACUCCCUUAUGGAUUAUAUUGAGAACAAGGGCAUAUUUGGAGAUGAUGUUGCAUCAAAUCUAUCUUCUGCGGAGCGCUACUGGAACUAUGUGCAGUACGAACACAAAGAGCUGGCCAGCUUAGCUUUGGAACUUUUGCACGUCGUCGUGCAUGCUGCGAGUUUGGAGCGCGCUUGGAGUCAAUUAGGAUUCGUGCAUGACGACAACCGGUCUAACUUAAAACUCGAUUUGGCUACAGGAAUGACACACAAGAAGAGCGGAAGUACGGUAGUCGAAAUGGACGACGACGGUGAAGUGCAGUUGAUCUCCAGCAACAAUGAUAAGUGCAGUACAGUUUCAGAUCUGGAAGGCUCCGAUGAUGCGAACGCUGCGAGUCAGUUCAACUCGGUGUUAGAAGCUCUUUAG